AAUGGUUUGUAAUUUGUUGAUGAUUGAAUGGAGUGAGAAAAAGAGAUUAGAGAGAGAGAGAGAGAGAGGAGACGAAUGAGACAAGAUAGCUGAACAUAAAGGUGAGGUUACGUGUAUCUCUUGAAGUAGUGCCAUGCCACCCCAUCAAUAAUAAGAUCACUCAAUCACCAAUGCAUCAUCGUUGUUGGAAUUCCAGCGCUGUGUUUGGAAAUUGGAACUGGAGGGGCUUCAGGUGCCAUAAUCUCAACCUUAGAUAACAGAUUAUUGCACAGCAAAAACCUUGUAAAAGGAGAAUUAGAAUCACCUCUCUCUAAGGAUGUUGGAAGGAAAGGCUAUGGUGAAAGAAACAGACAUGUCAACCAAGAUGCAGAUCCAUGCCAUGGCCUCUGCUUCUCAGGCCCUUGAUCUCUACGAUGUUUAUGAUUGCAUCUCUAUUGCUGCCCAUAUCAAGAAGGAAUUUGAUAGUGUGUACGGGAAUGGGUGGCAAUGUGUGGUAGGAUCCAAUUUUGGGUGCUAUUUCACCCAUUCAUCAGGGACUUUCAUCUAUUUUGCUCUGGCGACUCUUAAUUUUCUUAUCUUCAAGGGAACAUCUUCUUGAUUUAUGUUAAAAGUGCAAUCUGAGAUAGAAUACAGGGUUUGGUUAUUAGAGAAUAGAGAAGCAUCCAUAUGCAGGAUAAGUUUUUAAUUGAUCCCUCUUGAUCUGAUUUUGCUUCCAUGCACCAUCAGAAUAUUUUAGAUGUUACAGCUUUGAAUGGAAGAACUAUGUAUGAUGGCUGUUGAAGUGUUUUCAUCAUCUUGUCUCUCAAAUGGAACUUUUCGACGACUCUGGAUUCACCUAUGCGAAUACGUGUAUCAAUCGAACUGUAGUUAAGAUACUGUCUCUGCUUCAUGUGAAAAAAGAAUAAUAAUAAAAUAAAAUUGUCUGAGCUUUAUUCGUUUC